UUAAGUUAGUAUGUUACUAAUUAGUUAUUAUUAUCAGAAUCGGUGAUUCGUAAAUCGAUAUGUACGUCGGGUGUAAUUUAUAUUUUUGAAAUAAGUAAAAGUAAAUGUUAAGUUAAAGAAGAAAAUAAUAUAUGUAUAAUUUAGUCAAGACCAAAUCUAGAAAAUUUUAAUUAUGCCGAAGGUUUUGAGUGUGAAGAAAUCGCAGACACAGUCUUCCAAGGGUCAAAAGGCGAUAACACAUUUUUUUAAGGCCGCUCCUAAUAAUUGUAGUUCUACCCAAUCAAUCCCUGUGAAGCAAGAACUAAAUUUCGUGAAACGUAAAGCAACAUCACCUGUUUUAGUCGAGUCAAUCUGUAAUUCGACAGCAAAAUUCUCUCCAAUAAAAGAAAAUAUAAUUGAAAAUCAUGUAAAAAGGUGUAAAAUCCAAAAAAAAUGUUUAGUUGAGGAUACUAAAACAGUUUUAGACAAAUCCGUUUUAGAUGAUCUUGUUGACAAAUCGUGUAGCAAUGAUAGUGCUUUGAAUAGACGAUCACCAUUAACUGCUAUAUACAAUGAAAAUCAUGAUAAAAGCAAAUUAUCCUGUAAAAAUAUUGAAUCAGAAUUGUCUUCUAUGAAAUUAUUGAGAACUCCUGAGAAAUGUAGUAAGAAUGGACAAAGUCGAUCAUUUAGCCCAAAAUCGUUAGUUGAAAAGAGCCCAAGAAGAAAAUGCAGAAAUAAAAGUAGAGAGGAGAGUUCACCAUCCAAAUGUGGUUCCACUAUCAAAUUGUUAGAAUUUGAUAUUGCUGGAGAGAAUACAGACCUCUUUGCUGAUGAAUGGGAUUUAAAUCAACUUAAUGAGGAUACUAGGGAAGACUUAGAUCUAACUAUUAUGCAAAGGUGUGAGGUUUUAUCAGUGAUGUCUCAUCCUACAAAACUGGAACUGAGAUUGAAGAAUAAUGUUGACAAUCAAUGCACUUGCAGUAUUGAGGGAGUCUGGAUGAACACUCCAAUUCAAUCUGGGGAAAUAAUAAGUAUAUUAGCAUCUAAAAAUUCAGCGGGUCAGUAUUUUGUAAACAAUAACUAUGGAUUGUUAUCUUUGAGACCAGAUCAUCUUAUAUCUACUACCAGUGUAGUUGCUGGAGUUUUUUGCAAGAGAAAGGCAGUACUUCAAGAACGUUGGAAAGGAAUAGACUCCGCUAAUGUUGCAAUGACAAUUGGGAUUUUAAUACAUGAGUUGGUACAAAAAGCCCUUACACAGAAUAUUAGAAAAGCAUCUGACCUGCGCCAGUCAUGUGCAGAUAUAAUAAACGAAUCACUACACAUGUUAUAUGACGCUGGUAUUACUGAAACGGAAGCCAAAACUAAUAUGGAACAAUACAUAACACCUCUACAAGAUUUUAUGCAGACAUAUUACAGUAAAAAUCAGAUGCACAAUAAACCUAAAUGGAAUGGCAGAAUAGAAAACGUUUUAGACAUAGAAGAAAAUAUGUGUUGCCCAGAGUUGGGACUGAAAGGAAAAAUAGACGCAACAUUACAAGUAACCAUCCAUGACAAAAAAGGCGAGUCAAGCGAAAUAGUUCCAUUGGAAUUGAAGAGUGGUAAAGCGUCUGGCUCAGUUGAACAUCGUGGCCAACUGGUUCUGUAUGGUAUGAUGAUGAGUAUACAACGGAAUGAAGACCCAGCUAUUACAAUUCAAAGGGGCCUGUUGCUGUAUUUGAAGGAACAAGUGGAUGUGAGAGAAGUCAGUUGCGGCUACCCAGAACGACGAGAUCUCUUACUGUUGCGGAAUGAGCUUGUUCAGCAUCUUGCUUCCGGACCGCAAAGUGUCAAAACAGAAUUAAUGGAUAUAGAAGACGCGGCUAAGAUGUUACAACAAAGUUUACCGGAGCCAGUACAUCAUCACAACGCAUGUUCUAAGUGUCCAUAUUUAACAAUUUGUUCUCUCCACUUGUGGCACACUAAUGACGUCAUUGUCUCUGAAACGCACCCGUUAGCGAAGCUGCGAGAUACAGCACUAGGUCAUUUGUCAUCCACUCAUGUAUCGUAUUUCUUACAUUGGACGAGUUUGUUGAAGUUAGAGGAAAUGGCUCAAAUGUCAAAUUCACCGUUACAUGCAUUAUGGACGGUAUCACCUGAAAACCGAGCGCAACGCGGCACUUGUUCUGCGAAUUUAAAACUCAUCUCGGUCAAAAGACUAGAUGAUAGGUACGCACAUGUAUUCGAAAAGAUGAAUAAAGAUAUUGAAAACCAUCCGCUGAAAGGACCAAAAGAAGGGGAAUUUUCAAUAGUGAGUUUGGAUGCCCGACCGUGGAUUGCAGCGGGUGUAGUAACACUUACCACUAAGACUGAAUUACAUAUUAAUUUAGAGAGGAACCUCAGCUUACGACAUAACAAAAAUACAGUUUUUCACAUAGACACAUAUGAAUCAUACGCCACUACUGUACAAAAUUUAACGAAUUUGGGAGUACUUAUGGAAGAUAGCGAUCGUGCACUGCGAUUACGAAAACUUAUCAUUGAAAAAGAUGAGCCAGAAUUCAUAGAGAAGUUGCCACGGGAAGUGGGUAGAUUGGGAUCGAAACUAAUGCGAAAUUUGAACAUCGAACAACAACGGGCAGUUUUAAAAGCAUUAUCUUGUAACGACUAUGUGUUAUUACAGGGGUUGCCUGGCACGGGUAAAACACAAACAAUUAGUGUUCUCAUACAAAUGCUUGUGUGUCUUAAACAGCGUGUCCUAGUUACUGCGCACACACACUCCGCCGUCGAUACAGUUUUGACCAGCUUAAGGUUGCCGGAGUCACUGAAAAUAAUGAGAUUAGGAUCGUCAUCACGCGUCGCUCAUAAUCUGGCUGCUAAAUCGGAGGCUACCCUUACCAAAAACUGCAAUACUUCAGAAGAAUUGUCAAAAUUAUAUGACUCUAUGGAUGUAGUUGGUGUGACUUGUCUGGGCGCCAAUCACGCCCUUCUUUCUAGAACAACUUUCGAUGUCUGCAUAGUAGAUGAAGCCACUCAGGUGUUACAAUGCACAGUAAUACGACCUCUUCUUGCUGCAAAGCGUUUUGUCCUUGUUGGAGACCCAGAACAAUUGCCACCUGUUGUUAAAAGUAAAUCUGCUAGGAGACUAGGAAUGGAAGAGAGUCUUUUCCACCGACUCAUGGGUGAUAAAUCGACAUGUACACUUCAACUACAAUAUCGUAUGAACCAGGCCUUAGUGGAUAUCGCUAAUAAAGUAGCUUACAAUGAACGACUAAAGUGCGCGAAUAAGUCUGUUGCGAAGUCGACUAUGAAUAUUGAUGAUGAGAAACUUUCCGCUCUCGACCCAUGGGAAAUAGAAGCUUGUAGUAAAGAUGUGGAGAAAGCAGCGCUUUUCUUCAAUGUGCAGCCAAUCGAGACUAAAUACCAUAAAGGUCUUACUAACACCGAUGAAGGAUGCGUCGUUCUCGCCUUAGUUAAACUAUUUAUACAGGUUGGUGUCAAAAGCUCAGACAUAGGCGUUAUAGCACCAUACCGUGAUCAAGUGUCGUUAUUGCGUCAAAUGCUUGCGACAACGCAUGUCGAAGUCAGUACUGUAGAUCAAUUCCAAGGCCGAGAUAAAUCUGUCAUCAUAUACUCAUGUACUAAAAGGAAUUCAUUUGAUGAUAAAGUUAAGGAUGGUGAAGUCUUAAACGACCAACGCCGUUUAGCAGUUUGCGUUACUAGAGCAAAACACAAGUUUAUAGCAAUAGGAAAUGAACAAGUUCUACGGAAAUAUACACCACUAUCUAAACUUAUAGAUGCAUGUAAACAAAUAGUGAUGGACAAAAAUAUAUUGCUGGAGCUGAUUAAACAAUAUAAGAGUGUUAUGUAAACAUUAAAAGCAAACAAUAAACAA